UUAUUCAAAAAAACAAUAAACAUUUUUUCAGAUUAUUCUUCUUCUUUUCUGUUUCCAACACUUACAAAUAAAAAAUCAGCAGGCUGAAUAUACAUGUUGUCUUUUUACACAUAGAGCCGUGGGAAUACACCUGCAGCCGAAUACACCUGCAGCCGCAGGUCAGAGUCAAUCUUGUUGCAUCCCUGUGCAGUCGAGGUGAGAUGUCAAAGCCUCAACUCCUCCUCCUCUUCCUCCAACUCCUCCUCAUCUUACGGGCCGCCCGCUUCCCUCUAUCCCUUGCCGACGUUGGCACUGCCGCCCGUUACACUCCUCCAUACAUACCCACUGCAUGUUACGGGAAUGAUCAAUCGCAGCUACCCUCCAGCAACCUUUUUGGGGCAGCCGGUGAAGGAAUAUGGGACAAUGGUGCUGCCUGUGGGAGGCAAUACUUGGUCAGGUGCAUCAGCGCGUCUGUCCCAAGAUUUUGCAAUCCAGGGCAAACAAUACAAAUCAAGAUUGUUGAUCGCGCACAAAGUUUGGUGUCUAAGCCUUCCAGAGAUGGCGCUUCCAUGGUUCUCUCUUCAACUGCAUACGGAUUGAUUGCAGAUGCUUCUGCAAUCUCAGUUAACAUAGAAUUCCAACAGGUCUGAAUUUUGGGGGUGGAGGUUAAUUAUUGGAGGAGCAGGUUGUUCUGGUUAGUUCUACAACUUUGGAGGAAAGUCAUCAAAUGUAUUCGUACUUUAAUUAGAUCAGAAGUAAGCUGUUCAACAUUGCAGAUUUCAAUUCUAGAUAAACUCAAAUUUUAAUU